AUGCCUCUCGUCGCUGUAAGCUUCCAGGAUCAACUCCACUCAACAAAAUCUUCCCGAGAAAGAAACAAGGAACCCCAUUUGGACUUUCUUCAGAAAUUAUUCCAGUGGAUGCCAGAAUUCCGAAUCACCGCAAAAAGACGCAAUGAAGCACCCAUUCUCUGCCACUCUCCAUGA